AUGGGGUUCAUCGAUGGUUCAUGUCCAACCCCAGCUCUCACUGCCACUGAUUUCAAAACCUGGAGCAGAUGCAAUGACAUGAUUACAUCCUGGUUGUUGAACUCUCUCUCCAAGGUAAUAGCUGACAGUGUUCUCUACUCAAAGACUGCAAAAGACCUUUGGACAGAUCUAGAGCAUAGGUUUGGUCAGCCUAAUGGUGCUAAGUUGUAUCACCUGCAAAAAACUCUCGCAGAUUUAGUUCAAGGUUCGCUAGACAUAGCUGGUUACUCCACAAAAAUGAAAGGAUUAUGGGAUGAGCUGGACACUCUCAACAACAAUAUGAUCUGCUCUUGCGACUGUCCUUUGAGGGGAAAUUCUGCUGCAUCUAUGGAUCAAACAGAGGGAGUUAUUAACAACAUCACUGAAGGUCCUCAGUUUGCACAACAAUUGUCAUCAGAACAAUUCACUCAGCUGGUUUCUCUCCUAAACCAGAUUCAAGUGGGAAAACCUGCUGAAGUUAAUGCAAACUCAGCAGCUG